UUUUAGCCGUUGUGACUUUCUGACAUUUGAAAACAAUACUUACGCAUUUUUAUUUGAAAUGCUUUCGAAAAUAUGAGUUCCACGGAAUUAUCGUUAAUAGAAAGGCUCAGACAAGAAAAUUCAGACCAAUUUUUUACAUUAGUGCGCAUGCAUUUAUCUUUUCUAGUAGAUAUUAAUACUGACGAUGUUGAUUGUUCAACUGACAAACCAAAGCAAUUCCGAUGGAAUUUUCAUAAGAAAACCAAAAAUUCUGGUUCCAACUCUAGUCAUAAUAACACAAAGAAUAGUGAUGUCUGCACCAUUACCGAAGAGGGUAUGCUGAGGCUUAAUGAACUAAUAGACUUCCUCUCCAAGUCAGAAAAUGUUACCCAAGAAGGAAUAUUUCGUCGCACAGGUUCCCUCAGUAGGCAACAGGAGCUUCGGCAAUUAUUGCUGACUGGUUCCAACCUUGGUCUUGAUGAGGGUAGAUUCUCAGUGCAUGACUGUGCAUCUGUGCUGAAAGGGUUCCUAGCAGAAUUACCGCAGCCAUUACUUAUGGAUCAGUAUUAUCAAACUUAUUGUACAUUAGCUGUUCAAUAUCCACCAAACGCCGAAUCAUCGGAGACAAAACUCGUCACAGCGUUGCAGCUUCUUCUGCUCCUCCUGUCUCCUCUACACAAGUUUUUGGAACGGUUGCUGACGUUGCUUCGGCUAGUUGCCGACAACGAAGCAUCUAACCGCAUGUCCCCGGACACUCUGGCUACAAUGUUUACACCACAUCUGCUGUGUCCAAGAAAGUUGUCACCGGAGACGUUCCACACGGAGGCGGUGGCGUUGGCGCCGAUGAUGUCGUUCAUGAUCCGGCAGGGGGCGCGGCUGUUCGCGGCGCCGGCGCGGCUGGCAACCGACGCCGCCGCCUACUGCAGCCGCCGCGAGCAUCUCGCGCGGCUGCGCGCGCUCUCGCCCGAUCUUGACCUCGACGAGAGCAUCACUGACAAGACUGCAGCAAACACAGUAUACACAUUCGUGGACCGGCAUCGAACCCGCGUCGAGAACGAGAGCAAUCCGACCGACACGGCGCUAGCACAGCUAUACGCACACAUCCAGGCGUUGCCCGAUUCACAGCACAAGCGACGCCUUAUAAAACACUUCAACAGGCAGAACGGCUAUGGCACACCGAUCCAAAUACAGAGGACGGGCAAGACCGCCGGUUCGCGGAGUUUCGGAGACUCAAUCAAACGACACAUAUUCAAUAAGGGAUUGCUGAAUAGAACGCCCAAGAAAGGGUCUGCAAGCACUAUCAACACAGUUGAAGAGAAAUCGAAAAAAGGCAAAAUACUCUUCACAGAUGACAAUAAAGUUGAUGUGUCACACAAAAAUAUUGUAUUAAAGAACCUAGCGAAUAAAAUAGCGAGAUCUGAAUCGUUAGAUGAUAACCCGGAUUAUGAUUCGGACGCGAGUAAUGAAAGCACGCUUUCCGAAGGCGCUAUAAGUCGAUCUAGGAAAUUAAGUCCCAAAUUCGUGUCUGAACCGAACUUGAGCGUAUUAGAUUCUCACGAUGAGACACCCAAAAACACAAAGAAACGGGGAACAAGGUUGUUCCGUUCAAAAGUACUGUCAGCCUCGCAAAACAUAAACAAGAAGUAUCAGAAACGGGGUGUUAUUAGAGGAACACCAACAUCUUGUGUCUCUUGCUUAGACGACCAAGAUACCGGUUCAGAGAAUGAUGUGUCUGCUGAGACAAAUAGUAAAAGUACCACACAGGAGACUCCAAAGAAACACAAAGUCGACCAAAAUGAUAUGGAUUUAAAAUUACAUUAUUUAACGAGCACGCCUGGUGUGUCAGAUUCAAUUGUGUUAGAUGAAAAUUGUGCUACCCCAUUCACCAUCAACUUUAGACGUGCUUCGAUGUCGCCCAUAACGAAAUCGACGCAGAAAUUGUCUAAAGCUAUGCAGGAAUCAAUAAUGACGCCGCGUUCCCGCAAGCCGCUGAUCAUCACAUCUGAGCAACGAGACUGCCUCCCCGAGACGAACGAGAAGAAGGAGAGCAAACCUGAACCAGUAUAUCAGUCGAUGUCACCCAAUAAUGACAGUGAUUUCGUAUCAUCUGAUGACGAAAUGAUAUCCAGAUCAUCGUUUUCUUGUGAAAGAUCCAAUCAUUCGGCAAGCACUUCAAGAACCCGAAAGUCUUACGAUGUCCGUUCUGUAUCAGUCGGUGAUGUUAGUCCUCUCCGUCCCGAGAAUACUAGGUUUGUGAUUAGCCAUGAGAGGCCAAAUAUAGUACAGGACCUGAACACGACACUCUGUGGCAGCGAAGAUGGCAUACCAAUACCAAUGUUCAAAGUAUCACAAGAAGUGACAAACUUCACUGAGCAAAAACCGAAAUCACUCACGGAACCGUUUAGAGAAUAUUUAAUGAGUAGAUCGGUCUUAACCGCGACGCCUGUCGAUUUAUCGAUGUUGAAUAAAUCGAACGAUACUGAGGAGAAAAUUACAGAUUCCCUAUUGUACUGUCUCGACGGGAAUGUGCCAUCCGAUUUGACUUUAUCGAUUAGUAAUCUAGCUGUCGAUAAAGAAUCGAGUUCACGAUCGCCGCUAAAGAGUGUUAACAAUGUUGUAAGUAAAGACAGUCCAGUUAGGAAACGUAGCGCGAGUUCUAUCGCGUGUGCCAAUGAUGCUUCCGUUAGUGAAUGUAAAAAAACAAUGAUCGAUAAGGAAAAUGUGAAAACCGAUAAACCGGUAUUUGAGAUAAGAGAGACUGAACUAUAGUGUAUGUAGGUGUAAAUAAUACACCAAAUAUUGUGAUUAUUACUGCCUUAUUAUUUUUAUCAUAGAGAAAUAAAAAGUAAACGUCUUUAUUUAUUUUUUUUAAUUGCCACAUUAUAUUUGAUAUUUCGUUUCAAAUAUGACGCUUUAGCUGAUAUUAUCAUAUCAGCUUUGCUCUCCAUUGCUGAAUAUAAACCUUCCCGUAGGGGUAUUUUGCCAGUAGUUGCCGCGCUGCGCCUGCACAGCGCGGGUUAGCAACCGCAGCUAGGCUUUGGAGAUGGAGGGAAUAUUAAUAGGGACGCUGCUGCCCAUCCCUUGCCGUCCCUUAGUCGCAUCUUACGACACCCACGGGAAAGGAAGUGGUGACUUAUUCUAUGCCGGGACCACACGGGAUUUAAUUUUAGUUGAUAUAAAAAAUCCAAAUUAUUAUAAUCUUGAUUAAGAAAUAAACACAAAAGAGACAACACAAGUUAUUUUAUU